AUGGACUAUGGUGCAUCCGAAAUGCUUCCAAACGAGCCCAGGGAGGAGGAAUUCUGCCUCGCCCUCCGCAAUGGCCUCAUUCUAUGCAAUGUCCUCAACAAAAUCAAUCCUGGAGCUGUACACAAGGUGGUAGAAAAUCCAGUGCUGGACGUGCAGGCAACGGAAGGUGCGGCCCAAUCUGCUAUUCAGUACUUCGAGAACAUGAGGAAUUUUCUUCUGGCCGUUGGCAAAAUGAAGCUCCUCACUUUUGAAGCAUCCGAUCUUGAAAAGGGAGGAUCGUCGAGCAAAGUUGUGGACUGCAUUCUGUGUUUAAAAGGCUAUUAUGAGUGGAAGCAAUCUGGAGGAAUUGGAGUUUGGAGAUACGGUGGAACCGUGAGAAUUACGUCGUUUCCAAAAGAAUCGUCGUCCACUUUAAUAGGCAAUGAAAGUGCUGAAGAAUCACUAGAUGAUUCUGAAUCAUCGCAAUAUGAACAACUCCUGGAAUUCUUCAACUUAUCUACCGAGAUCUCUCUCGAGGAAUCCAAAGCAGACAAUGUACUCAGCUGUAUCUUUGAUCAUUUUAGUCUCUGUCUUCUACGGGCUUAUCUGACAGAAAGCAAUGAAUCUGAAGACUUGCCUUUGAAUCCAAUGGUCAUUGAUAUAUUAAUGAAAAAGGUUGUUAAAGAUUUCUCAGCACAGUUGAUUUCUCAAAGAAAUCAGCUCGGAUUGUUUUUGAAGAAACUUCUGAUUACCAAUGAAAUUCCUCUAUCAAAAUCUCAAUUCCUCAAAGCCAUAUCAGAGUACCUUAAUAAAAGAACCAGCCUUGUAUCGAGUGACAUUUCAAAAUUCUGCAUUUGUGGUGGAAAAGGUGAAGGAACAGGGCGUAAAAAUUCCUCCUCUUCUGGCAGUGCGGUACUACUUGAUCUUCAACAGAAGCAGCUGGAGGAUCUCAAAUACCUCUUUAGAGAUACGAAACAAACAGUCCGACAGGUUCGAUUUGAAUGGGAGGAAGAACUUCUCAGCCUGGGGAAUCAUGUAAAGGGCCUUGAAGUGGCAGCUUCUUCUUAUCACAAAGUUUUGGAAGAAAACAGGCAACUUCACAAUCAAGUCCAAGACCUAAAAGGGACCAUCAGAGUUUACUGUAGAGUAAGGCCCUUUCUUUCGAGGCAGUCUAACGUGCAGUCCACAGUUGACUACAUUGGAGAAAACGGAAAUAUCAUGAUUGUCAAUCCCCAGAAGCAGGGUAAAGAGGCUAGGAGGGUUUUCACUUUCAAUAAGGUUUUCGGGACAAAUGUCACACAACAACAAAUAUAUGCAGAUACUCAACCAUUGAUCAGAUCAGUCCUCGAUGGUUAUAUUGUUUGUAUAUUUGCAUAUGGCCAGACUGGCUCGGGAAAGACAUAUACAAUGAGCGGUCCAGACUUGACAACAAAGGAGUCAUGGGGGGUGAACUAUCGUUCAUUGCAAGACUUGUUUAGCAUUUCGAAGGAAAGAAUGGAUGCCAUAGAAUAUGAGGUUGGAGUUCAAAUGAUUGAAAUAUACAACGAGCAAGUGAGAGAUCUGCUGGUCAUAGAUGGGACUAAUAGAAGAUUAGAUAUUCGUAACAAUUCUCAGCUAAAUGGUCUCAAUGUCCCUGAUGCAAGUUUGGUCCCCGUUAAAUGUACUCAAGAUGUUCUUGAAUUGAUGAAACUUGGACAAAGUAAUCGUGCUGUUGGUGCCACUGCUUUGAAUGAGCGGAGUAGCAGAUCUCAUAGCAUUUUAACAGUUCAUGUCCAAGGAAAAGAUCUAGUCUCUGGAUCCACAUUGAAGGGUUGCCUUCACUUAGUAGAUCUAGCUGGGAGCGAAAGAGUGGAUAAAUCUGAAGCUGUUGGUGAGAGGUUAAAAGAAGCUCAACAUAUUAACAGAUCUCUGUCUGCACUUGGAGAUGUCAUUUCUGCUCUUGCCCAAAAGAGUUCUCACGUUCCUUACAGAAAUAGCAAGCUGACUCAAGUGUUGCAAGAUUCUUUAGGGGGGCACGCAAAGACUUUGAUGUUUGUGCAUAUAAACCCCGAGGUUAAUGCUGUUGGGGAGACAAUUAGCACAUUAAAAUUUGCGGAGAGAGUUGCCUCAAUUGAGUUGGGGGCAGCACAAUCUAACAAAGAAACUGGUGAAAUCAGGGAAUUCAAAGAUGAGAUUUCAAAUCUUAAGCUAGCUCUGGAGAGAAAGGAGGCUGAACUGGAGCAAUUGAAAAGUCGAGCAAACACCCGAGGCACUGUAUCACCUCUUCAUGUACAAAAAUAUAACAGCCAUGCCACUUUAAAGCCUGAGACAAGUCAGCAACAUGCCGAUGCCACUCAAAACUCAGAGUUAAGAAGCUGUUCAUCGGGUAAGCAGAGAAAAUCUCGGCUUCCAUCUAAGUUCACAGACAAGGAUUUUGUGUCAAAAAUGCCUUUCCUAGCUGAAGAGAGAUCAGUGGCAACCGCUAAGCCAAGAUCCCCGUCCCCUCCACCGAGGAGAUCAUUAUCAACUGAUAGAGGUUCCUUCAUCAAAAGUAGAAUCAAGUCUGAUACACUUGAAAAUCCACCCGUCAUGAAACUACCAUUUUCAGUCAGCACUUCAGUAGAUAAAUCCGUCUCCAACAAGCAUGCUAUUAUCUCAUCAACAGCAAAGGCACGUCUAUAUCAGGGUACUCGGGAACCCCCAAAGGCAGAUGACAUUACUGAUGUAUUGUGCAGCCUUCAGAGGAUCACAUCUCGGAAAGUUUACCCAGAAAAUGAAGAAGGUCGAUUUAAGCAAGAGUUUAAUGUACAACAAGGUGGCAUCAGAAAAGGCAAACCCGAAAAUAAGGUCAAGACCAAACAUCAGUUGUCUUCAAAAAUUCAAAAGUCAGACGUUACAGAGACAUUGCUUUCGGAUGUGGAUAAUGGGAAAAUGUCGGAGAAGACUCGAAAGAUUGAAUUUUCAGAUCCCGAAAGUGAGCAUGGUCCUGAUAAGUUGCCUGUAUAUGGUACUACUCGAGUGAAAAAACUUCAUUGGAACAUCCCAAGGAAGUCUCAAAAUGUUGAACCAAGAGAACCGACGAAGAAAGUGGAACCUUUCCUAUCUGAAAACCGCGUCAAUAAAUUUUCCAAUGAGAACGUAAAGGAAGCAGGCAAAUCAUUUGUGCCUGAAACCCGAAGGAGUCGAUCUACACCUCGAGGAACAUUCAAGAUUUUACCUUGA